AUGGCUUUACUCUGUAUUGUCGCAUUGAGUUCUCUCGCGCUCGGAGGCCUGACAAGGGACUUGCACACGCGACAGGAGGAUACCAGAAAUGUUCAGCUCAACGUACCCGACUCAGCGCCGAAAGGCCAUCAGAUUGUCGAUGCCAGCUUCCAGUCUUACUCUAUCGAAUUCUCUUAUAUGCUAGAUUUCGCCGGAAAUACAAGCCAUCCAAAUUUGUAUUCCCACCAGAUGCUGAAGAACCUAGGCGAUCUUGCCGGUUCCUAUCCCAUUAUCCGUGCAGGCGGAACAACUCAGAAUCGCGCAACAUAUAUUGCAAACCAGACCGAAGCGUUGAUUGCCAGGUACUCGACGCCAGGUGCUGAUCAGCCCGCAUCGUUGACAGUUGGCCCUGCCUGGUUCGAGUCCUUCCAACAGUUCCCAAAUGGGACGCAGUAUAUUUACGGUCUCAACUUCUUCGACGGCGCAGAAGGCAAGGCGCAGACCGUGCUCCAAGCUGGUGCCGCAUACCACGGAAUUGGAAAGAAUCUCUACGGCUUCGAGAUUGGCAAUGAGGUUAAUGGCUGGCCCGGUAGCAGUCGACGUCCGGCAAAUUAUACGACCCAAUCGUACGUAGACCAAUGGACUGAGUAUGCGGACGCUAUCGGCAAGGAUGCACUUGGGGAAGAUGAUGCAAAGCUUCAGCCUCUGUUCCAAGGCUGUGCUUUUACGGCACCACGUAACAUCCAAUUCGGCAACAACUCAAUCUGGAGCGUUGAGAGUGUGCUUCGACUGGGGUUGGCUCGGUCUGGGAGGCUGAAGACGGUGGCUGAUCACGAUUAUAUGGGAUCCAACUGUGAAGGUACAACUAAGAUUGCUACUAUCAAAGACAACAUUCUCGACCACCACCAUAUGACAUCCCUGAUGUGGUAUCAUGAAUUUAUCGGCAAUUUCAGCGUCUCACAAGGUGUUCCGUAUGUUCUUGGUGAGACGAAUUCUAUCUCUUGUCAAGGCAAAGCUCUAGUCUCGGACGUAUUCGCCGCCGCUCUCUGGGCAGUCGAUUACGUCCUCUAUGUUGCGACACUUCAAGUGUCGCGCUUAUAUUUCCACAUGGGCUCUCCAUAUCGAUAUAGCCCUUGGCAACCAAUUACUAUCAACGGCACAGCGCCUUUUGCAAAACCACUCUACUAUGGCAAUCUACUCACUGCGUCAGCAUUAUCAGGCGGCAAUAAGCAGGUCCAGAUACUAUUGAAUGACACAUAUCUCACAGCUUAUGCCGUCUUCGACGCCGGCAGCAACGGCUCGAGCGCUGGUCGACCUCAGGACACUUCUGCAACACAGCCAACAUUGACAUCCUUGGUUCUUGUUAACCUCAAUGUCUAUAACUCGACUUUCACAACACCACGGCCAUAUACAACUUUCGACUUUACACUCCCGGUCGAUGCUAGUAAUAGCUCCGCUGCAUCUUCCGACGUCCAAGCUCUUCGCCUUACAGCUCCGGGCGUCGAAAUCGCAAGCAAUGUCACAUUUGCAGGUCAAUACGUUGACAAUGCUUCUGGCGUGAUAGCUGGGGAGAAAAUUGUGGAAAAGGUCGAGGACUUGGGUGAUGGAAGGGGAAGAGUCAGGCCUGGCCAUCCCACGGCCAGCACACCUGGUGGCGUGUUCACCACGGCCCUGCCAGAGCCAUAUUGCCACGUCAAUGUCAAAACCAAUGGCGCGGACUCCAGCGGCUCGACAACCACCUCACUCGCUCAGCAGACAUGA